UAGCCAAAUAAAUUGAAAAGCAAGGCGCCAUUAUUAUUUCCCCCAAAAAAUUUCAGUAACCUUCCAAAAAAGCUCAACACUCUCUCUCUAUAUUACAGUGGGGUGGUGGUCUAGGGUUUACAGACGGAUUUCUCUGAAGAGACAAAAAAAAAAUAAAAAAAAAUGGUGGUCGCUGCGCAAUUGAAAUCGGCGGCUUCGGACGACGGAACCAAAAAUAGCAAAAAUAAAGCGAUUUCUGCACCUAAGGCGAAAAUGGCAAAUGAUGAAAAACCAAAAAAGAGGACUGCUUCCGAGAACAUCGAGGAUCCAGCUGUUUCACGUAAAAUGCCAAAGCGAGCUGCUGCCUGUUCAGAUUUCAAGGAGAAAUCUCUUCGUAUAUCCAAAAAAGACAUGGUAUGUGAAACUAAAAAGGAUGGAGUUGUGGAGGAAGAAGUUGUAGCUGUUCGUCUGACCGCUGCACAAGAAGAUGGGCGCCCAUGCAGACGCCUUACAGAUUUCACCUUUCACAAUUCAGAAGGAGUCUCACAGCCUUUUGAAAUGCUGGAAGCUGACGAUAUCUUUAUCUCUGGUCUUAUCUUACCACUUGAGGAAAGUGCUGACAAAGAUAAAGGAAAGGGAAUCAGAUGUGAAGGAUUUGGGCGGGUUGAAGAAUGGGCUAUAUCCGGUUAUGAAGAUGGGUCGCCAGUUAUAUGGGUUUCCACCGAGCUCGCGGAUUAUGAUUGCCUUAAACCUUCUGGCAGCUACAAGAAAUUCUACGACCAUUUUUAUGCGAAAGCUAGUGCCUGCAUUGAGGUUUAUAAGGUUUUGUCAAAAUCUCGUGGAGGAGAUUUAAGCCUUGACGAGUUGCUUGCUGGUGUUGUGCGAAAAAUGAGUGGGAUGAAGUGCUUCUCAAGGGGUGUAUCUAUAAGGGAUUUCAUUGUUUCUCAAGGCGACUUCAUUUAUUUCCUCGAGGCACCUGUCUUAACUGCUCUUAGAGAUGAAAGUAGCAAGGUCUUGGAUCUUCCCCAUGCUAAGCCUGGUUCUCGGUCAGGGAACCUGAGAAUUGCUGGUUCAAGUUCUGGGGAGGAAAAGAAAGAAAGUCCAAUAGAAGAAGAUGGAGACUCGAAAUUGGCGAGGGUGUUACAGGAAGAAGAGCGCUGGCAGUCAAUGAAGUCAAAGAAAAGCAGGGCUGCAACAUCCUCAUCCAACAACUACUACAUUAAGAUCAACGAGGAUGAAAUAGCCAGCGACUAUCCUUUACCUGCCUAUUACCAGACGUCAAAUGAAGAAAUCGACGAGUAUUUAAUUUUUGACAGCAGCAUGGGUGUUGAGCAGAAUAUUGACACCUUGGAAAAGAAUAUGCUGCACGACUGGUCUCUGUACAAUUCAGAUGCUAGGCUGGUUCCAUUAGAACUCCUACCCUUGAAACCCUGUGCUGAAAUUGAUGUGACCAUAUUCGGAUCGGGCAUAAUGACUCUCGAUGAUGGGUCUGGAUACAAUGUUGAUGGUGAUUGCGCUCUUUCUUCAAGUGCUUCUGGGGAUGCUGCAGUUGAAGGGAUCCCAGUUUUCUUGAGUGCAAUUAAAGAAUGGGUGAUUGAUUUCGGUGCCUCGAUUGUUGUCAUUUCAAUACGAACAGAUAUGUCCUGGUAUAGGCUUGGGAAACCCUCAAAGCAAUAUGCUCCAUGGUAUGAACGAGUCCUGAAAACUGCAAGACUGGCAAUUAGUACCAUCAAUUUGUUGAAGGAUGCGACCAGGGUGGCACGGCUUUCGUUCACAGACGUUAUCAAGAGACUCUCGGAUUUCACCAAAGAUAACCCUGCUUUUAUAUCGUCGAACCCUGAUGCAGUGGAAAGGUACGUGGUUGUACAUGGCCAGAUUAUUCUACAGCAGUUCUCAGAGUUUCCUGACGAUAAUAUAAAGAAGUGCCCGUUCGUGACUGGCCUCACAAAGAAAAUGGAAGACAAGCACCACACUAAAUGGGUCGUCAAGAAAAAGCAGUUUCUGCAGAGAGAAGAGCAGAACUUAAAUCCAAGGGCCGCUAUGGGGCCCGUUGUGUCAAAAAGGAAGGCUAUGCAGGCUACUACGACGAGGCUAAUCAACAGAAUCUGGGGUGAAUACUAUUCAAAUUACUCACCCGAGGAGCCGAAUGAGCCAAAUGAAGAAGUCCAUGCUGAAGUAAAAGAAGAUGAAAAUGAAGAGGAAGAGGAGAACGAAGAGGAUAAUGCUUCGGAGGAGAAAGUUGUACUACCAGAAAAAAAUCAGACACCUACCUCGGACCGAAGGCAAAGCAAGUCAUGUUCAGGUAGCAGAGAAGUAAAGUGGGAUGGGAAAUCUGUAGGUGAACUGCCUAAUGGCGAUGCUUUAUAUGAAAAGGCAAUUGUCCAUGGAGAUGAAGUAGCAGUCAAGGCGGCUGUUCUUGUGCAAGAGGAGGAGUUGGAUGAUUUGCCGUCCAUCUAUUUUGUAGAAUACAUGUUUGAAAAGUUGGAUGGAAGUAAAAUGAUUCAUGGGAGAUUGAUGCAACGAGGCAGCGAAACUGUGCUUGGAAACGCAGCGAACGAGAGGGAGCUAUUUUUGACAAACGAGUGUGCGGAUUUUCAACUCGAAGAAGUGAAGCAAACUGUGACCGUCGAUAUAAGAUCAGUGCAUUGGGUCAUCACCUGCUUGUAUUGGCCUGAAAGAGGUGCCUUCUUUGUUCUUCCAUAUGCUUUUAUGGGGCUUGCAUCUGGAUCAUGUCAGGCAUGUAAAGUAAGAGAAGUUGACGAGGAGAGAGAAAAGUUUAAGCUGGAUGCUUCUUUAUCCAGUUUUACGUACUGCGGAACUGAAUAUUCGAUCGAUGAUUACGUCUAUGUGAGUCCGAACUACUUUUCAGCAGAAAAGGGAGCUGAACUUUUCAAGGGUGGGAGAAAUGUCGGCUUAAAAGCAUAUGCUAUAUGUCAGCUGCUUGAAAUUUGUGAUGUUAAGCAUCCUAAAAACGCUGAUGCGAGCUCUGUUCGAGUCAAAGUUAGAAGAUUUUUCAGGCCAGAUGAUGUAUCAUUGGAGAAGGGCUACUCUUCCGAUAUUCGGGAGAUCUACUACAGUGAGGAAAUGCACACUGUACCAGUUGAUGUGAUCGAAGGAAAAUGUGAGAUCAGAAAGAAGAAGGAUCUUGGGCCACAAGAUGUCCCUUUAAUCUUUGAUCACGUUUUCUUCUGCGAAUAUCAGUACGACCCGUCCAAAGGAUCCAUUAGACAGUUGCCAUCACAAAUUAAAAUUAAGUACUCCACUGGACAGCUUAGCACAGAGGUGAGUGACGAUGUUACAGCCAGGAAAAAGAAGGGUAAAUGCAAAGAAGGAGAGAUGGAUUCGGAAUCUGCGAAACUCAAGGAAGCACCUACGCAGAACUGUUUGACUACAUUAGACAUAUUUGCUGGCUGCGGUGGGUUGUCUGAGGGGCUAGAGCAAUCAGGUGCCUCUUCCACAAAAUGGGCUAUCGAGUACGAAGAGCCUGCUGGAGAUGCAUUCAGACUCAAUCAUCCUGGAGCUUUGGUGUUUGUAAACAAUUGCAACGUCAUCCUUAGGGCGGUGAUGGAGAAGUGUGGGGAUGAAGAGGAUUGCAUUUCGACCCCCGAGGCUGAUAAGUUGGUUUCAGAACUCGACAAGGAAGAACUUGCUAACCUUCCAGUGCCAGGACAAGUUGAUUUCAUUAAUGGAGGGCCCCCUUGUCAGGGAUUUUCUGGAAUGAACAGAUUCAAUCAGAGCACAUGGAGCAAAGUUCAGUGUGAGAUGAUCUUGGCAUUUUUAUCCUUCGCCGACUACUACCGUCCAAAGUUUUUCCUUCUCGAGAAUGUGAGGAACUUCGUGUCGUUCAAUCAAGGCCAGACUUUUCGCUUGACUGUAGCUUCACUUCUCGAGAUGGGUUAUCAGGUGAGAUUUGGUAUACUAGAAGCUGGUGCAUACGGGGUUCCUCAGUCGAGGAAGAGAGCUUUCAUUUGGGCAGCCUCACCCGAAGAGCAGCUCCCAGAGUGGCCUGAGCCAAUGCACGUUUUUUCAGCACCAGAAUUGAAAAUCUCAAUGUCCAAAAACUUUCACUACUCUGCCGUUAGAAGUACUGCAAAAGGAGCUCCGUUUCGCCCUCUUACAGUCAGAGAUACUAUCGGAGAUCUUCCUCCCGUGGGCAACGGUGCAUCUAACAAAAGCUUACAGUACCAAGGUGAACCUAUAUCGUGGUACCAGAAGACAAUCCGAGGUAACAUGGAUGUACUAAUCGAUCAUAUAUCCAAGGAAAUGAACGAGCUGAAUCUAAUCAGGUGUCAGAGAAUUCCUAAGCGCCCUGGUUGUGACUGGCGUGAUCUUCCAGAUGAGAAGGUUAAAUUGUCUAACGGUCAAGUGGUCGAUUUAAUACCGUGGUGCUUGCCGAAUACUGCCAAGAGGCACAAUCAGUGGAAGGGGCUGUUUGGAAGGUUGGAUUGGGAGGGAAAUUUCCCGACUUCCAUAACCGACCCACAGCCGAUGGGUAAAGUGGGAAUGUGCUUUCAUCCUGAGCAAGAUAGGAUCGUCACUGUUCGUGAAUGUGCGCGUUCACAAGGUUUUCGAGAUAGCUAUAAAUUCUCUGGUAGUGUGCUGCACAGGCACAGACAGAUUGGAAAUGCUGUUCCUCCUCCUCUAGCGUAUGCACUCGGGCAUAAGCUAAAGGAAGCAGUCCAGAGUAAAAAGUCUCGGUAAUGCCUGUCUGUAUAUGCGGCUCUUUUUUGUCGGAUAUUAAAAAUUGGAGAAAUAUAGAUUAACUCAACUUUUAUUGUUGUAGAUUGUCUGUGGAGUUUCAUAGUGCAUAAUAAUGAGAUAUUUAUGGGAACUUGUUGUGAUUUUCGAGAGUUUUUAUAGAGAACUUCAAACGAGAUUUCGUACUCAUUUUCUUAAAUUAUAUGAUAUAUAUGAAUUCUGGAUUCUGGAUUCUUACUUCA